AUGGAUCAAACGUAUGAAGUUACAAAUGAACAUAAGAAUAUGGGUUUUGGAGAUAAAGGAAAAUGGAUUUUAGUAACCGAGAAAAACAAUAAAAUUAAUCUAAAUAAGUUAGAUCGUUUAAUUAAUAGUAUUAAUAUUAUAAAUAAAAACUUAACUCUUUGCUUAUAUGAAUGCUGUACAGGUACUAAUGACACAAAUAAAUCCUCUGAUGAUUGUAGUAAUGUUGAUAAAAGUGCUGUAUAUGGGGUCUGUUCAGAUGGUAAAUUAAAAGAGGUUAAUGAAGAAAAUGAAUUAAUUAAAGAAGAUGAAGUAAAGAAGAUUUAA